UAGAAACCCCUAGUACUUCCCAGUUGCCCUUAAUUUCUUCAAAUUAGGGAUACUCUUUCCUUCUCAAUCUGUAACUACUUUCUUCUCUACUCAUACUAUCCAACUUUAAUUCGGGAAUUUUCCCAAUCACACCAUUCGAUUGUUAAUUCUUUGAUUUAUGAGGAAUCACGUCUAAGCUAUACAUUUACAUUCGAGGAUCGAGGUUCUGCUUGAUUCGACUCUACUCGAAUUUUCGGUGAGAUUGAACUUCAAUUAUUUGGUUUUGAUUGAGCUGAAUUUGUGAAUUCUUAGAGUGGGAUUCUGUUUAUCUUCAUAGUGAAUUCAUCAAAUGCUUAAAGAUUGGUUUUUUUGAGCAUAUGAAUCAGAUACUAUAGAGUUUGUAUUGUGACAAGAAGUUCAAUUUGGUUCGGAUGGGGAAACCCUUAAUUUAUGAGAUUUGGGAAAAGCCAGCAACGAGUUGUAUAAUUGGGAUAUGCAGUUUGAUUUGGUUCUAUAUUCAGAAAAAGGGGAUUGGGUAUUCACAUGUGGGGUUGAGCUACGACACUGCAUUGGAGGGCCAUUAUUGGCGGAUAAUCACAUCUGCAUUUUCACAUAUUAGCAUCCUUCAUCUUGUUUUCAAUAUGAGUGCACUUUGGAGUCUUGGGGUUAUAGAACAGUUAGGGCAUUUAGGGCUCGGUGUCGAAUACUAUCUUCAUUAUACCAUGUUGUUGGUUGUGUUGUCGGGGUUGCUAGUUCUCGGGAUGUACCACAUUUUGAUCCAAAAGUUCAAGAUUGAUUACUUCCGGAGAGUGACUGCUGUUGGAUACUCUUGUGUUGUGUUCGGGUGGAUGACUAUACUGUCGACAAAGCAGCCCUCUUCGAAGCUGGAGCUUUUCGGGUUCCUCUCCCUUCCUAUCAGUUUUGCACCCUUUGAGUCGCUCAUCUUCACGUCUAUAAUUGUGCCGCAAGCUAGUUUUAUUGGUCAUUUAUCAGGGAUAAUCAUUGGAUACGCCAUUGCCUGGGGCUUGAUACAUGGUAUGAACAACUACUGGGCUGUAUCGAUGCUGGGCUGGAUAGUUCUUGUUUUCAUUUUUAGUUUGAAGAAAUCUGGUACAUACAAUUUCAGCUUUUUAGAGAUUGAAUCUGUCGAAGAUUCUUCCCUACCAUCUGUGCGGUUUCUUUCUUCUGGAAACGGCAGAACCCUGCAGAUGAGCGCGUCUGAUAUUGGUCCGAAUCUUGUGUAGCUCCUCAAAAGGAAUUGGCUCCGAAUGAGCAACUAUGAGGAUGUGACAGAAUAUUGGGUUAAGAAUAAAGCUUUAUUGGCAUGCUACCCUUUGAUGUCUUGAAAAGCAGCACUUAUCUCUUGGAUCUUAGUCCUCACUUGCAGCGGCCAUCGUAUUCUUGUAACAAGGUUUUUUCUUCUCUUGCUAGUAAGAGAUAAGAUUUUUACACUUGACUUAUUAUGUAUCAUAUCAGUGGUGACUAUUGGGAUGGGUAAAUGAGAUUGGUUGACUUUCAUGCU